AUGUCGCCAUCUCAGCCAGUAACAGUACCCUGCCAGUACCGGACGGGUCGCACCCUUGGCAGCGGCACGUAUGCUAUUGUGAAAGAGGCCAUCCACAUCAAGACUGGAGAAUACUAUGCAUGCAAAGUUAUCAACAAGAAACUCAUGGAGGGUCGCGAACAUAUGGUCCGCAAUGAGAUCGCAGUUCUCAAGCGAAUCUCUAGCGGUCACCCAAACAUCGUCACAUUGCACGAUUACUUCGAGACUGCUCAUAAUUUGUACCUAUGCUUCGACCUGUGCACAGGCGGUGAACUUUUUGACAGCAUAUGUGCCAGGGGCCAGUACACGGAAGCCGAUGCCGCGGAGCUCGUCCGCACGAUAUUGGAAGCCGUCAAGUACAUCCAUGAUUGCGGCAUCGUGCAUCGCGACCUCAAGCCUGAAAACCUCCUUUUCCGUUCCAAGCCCGAGCGCACUUCAGAAAUCAUGAUUGCGGACUUUGGUCUGAGCCGAGUCAUGCCUGACUCUAAGUUCAAUAUGCUUACCGAAGUUUGUGGGACACCGGGUUACAUGGCUCCGGAGAUCUUCAAGAAGACUGGCCACGGGAAGCCUGUAGAUGUUUGGGCUAUGGGAGUCAUAACGUACUUCCUGCUUGCCGGCUACACGCCGUUUGAUCGUGACACCCAGAAGCAGGAAAUGGAAGCCAUCAUUGCAGGGGACUACCGCUUCGAGCCUGAGGAAUAUUGGAACAAUGUUUCUGACGCUGCGCGUAGCUUUGUUAGCAGCUGUCUCACAGUCGACCCGGAUUUACGUCCCACAGCAGCGGAGGCACUGCAGCACUCUUGGCUCACUGCCGAAGUGCCACACUGCGUUGAGAAGGACGGUCAGCCAGCAAACUUGUUGCCGCAGGUUAGGAAAGCGUUCAACGCGAGAAGGACAUUCCGCAAAGCCGUGUUCAGUAUGAUGGCCAUGAGGCGCAUGUCGACGCUGGCAGCCCACAUAUCACCCGAACAUCAGAAGUUCAACGAAGACCUUUUCAAGUUCAAGCAGGAAUCGGAGAAGGAAGUGUUGGAACACAUGGAUGUCAUCCACCAUCACAAUGCAGAGGCAGUCGUUCAGGACCCUGUGCCCACCGGUUUGGAGGAGUCCGUAUCGCCUGGCUCAUCGUCUAGUGCGUUGAAGCCCGGAGAUGGAGGUAAGGACAUGACAGAUAAGCUUGCAGCUGUAAGCCUUGCUGCGAAGGUGAGCCAUGCCACGAAAGCCAUGUAG